AUGAAACCUAUUCAACCGAACAAUUAAAAGAUUACGGAAUUAAUAUUGACCCUGCUAAAACUACUCUUUAUAAAACCGGUUCAGAAAAACAAACCCUAGCAGUCGGCUCCGAAAGUCUAACCAGUAUCCAAGAAGCAAAAGACCAACUAGAAAUGGAAAAACUGGGAGCCGCAGUAAAACUAGUAGAACUUAAAAAGACUAUCGAUGAAAAAACCAAAGAAAGAGACACUAAACAAGUUGAAAUCCAAGUUAAGGAAACCCAAAUUGACACCCUGAUUAGGGAAAUUUUGACUAAGAAGCGAGAAAAGUUGAAUUCUUAUAAUAUAAGCAAAGGCUUCGCUAAAACCACCGAGGAUAAUCAAAAUGAUGGGGAUGCUACCACAAUAAGCACAGUAGACACUGAAAACACCGCUCUAACUGCCGUUGAGGACAUCACGACUAAACUUUAUUCUUGUGAUGGUGAUUGUAAAUUAGUAGAACGCUUUUAUAGUUUUGCUUUUGUUGGCGGUGAUAGUAAAUUGGAUGCUUCUCAGGCCAUUACCCGCAUUAAGGCAGGUAAAUAUAAAGAUAAAGAUGGUAAAGAACACGAUAUCUCUUUUUACGGAGGGUUAGCCCAGUUUAAAAUUCAUUUUGAAAAUAAAGAAAAGUUG